UUUAUCCUUGUUUUGUGGUAGCUGUCUCUAGCUAAGAUAUAGUUUGAGUUUUGUACUUCCAUAUAUCCAACAAUAUGAAUUUUGUACAAAAAGCGACAGUUUUCUUUGUUUUGGCUCUUUUUGCACUGCUGUUUGUGGAGCCUGUUUCGGGUAGAAGGAAACGGUCUAGUACUGAGAAACGGAUGAGGACUCAGGACCUUGUGACCAACUUGCCCGGCCAGCCUGCUGCAGACUUUAAGCACUAUGCAGGCUAUGUGACCGUGAACGAAACAAAUGGGAGGGCUCUUUUUUACUGGUUUUAUGAGGCUGCGUCCAACCCAGAUGGAAAACCUCUGGUGUUGUGGCUUAAUGGAGGUCCUGGGUGCUCUUCUGUGGGAUAUGGAGCAACCCAAGAGAUUGGUCCAUUCAUAGUGGACACUGAUGGACAUGGAAUUAAAUCUAAUAACUACUCAUGGAAUAAAGAGGCCAACAUGUUAUUCUUGGAAUCUCCAGUUGGGGUUGGCUUUUCAUACUCUAAUACAACUAGUGAUUAUGAUAAUCUCGGAGAUGGCUUUACAGCGAAUGAUGCGUAUAACUUCUUGCAUAAGUGGUAUCUCAAGUUCCCAUCAUACAGAAGAAGGACCUUCUACAUUUCUGGAGAGAGUUAUGCAGGAAAGUAUGUUCCGGAACUCGCUGAGCUCAUAUAUGACAAGAACAAUAAUCCUUCCCUCCAUAUUGAUCUCAAGGGUAUCCUGUUGGGUAAUCCUGAAACAUCUGAUGCUGAUGACUGGAGAGGUCUGGUAGAUUAUGCUUGGAGUCAUGCUGUGAUAUCAGACGAAACUCACAAAGUAAUAGGCGAAAGCUGUGAUUUCGACAGAAAUGAUACUUGGAGUAACAAGGAUUGUACUCUAGCUGUGGAAGAAUUGCUAAAACAGUAUGGGGAGAUAGAUAUUUACAGCCUUUACACCUCAGUCUGCAUCGGCGAUACAGCAAGUUCAAAUGAUGGGUCGAUGCACGUCAUGAUGAAGCGCACAUCUACGAUGAUGCCAAGGAUUAUGGGUGGCUACGAUCCAUGUCUCGAUGAAUAUUCAAAAACCUUCUAUAACAGACCAGAUGUGCAAAAGGCCCUCCAUGUUAGUGAUGGUGUCCGGCUCAAGAACUGGAGCAUCUGCAACAAAACAAUAUUCGACGACUGGGCAUAUACGAAGCCGUCUGUUCUCCCUAUAUACAAGAAACUCAUUGCAGCAGGGCUUAGAAUAUGGGUGUACAGCGGAGACACAGAUGGAAGAGUUCCUGUGCUUUCCACAAGAUACAGCUUGAGUGCUCUGGGAUUGCCUAUUACUAAAGCAUGGAGACCUUGGUACCACGAGAAGCAGGUCAGUGGAUGGUUUCAAGAAUAUGAAGGUCUUACAUUUGCAACAUUUAGAGGAGCUGGGCAUGCAGUUCCCUGCUUCAAACCAAGCAACUCACUAGCUUUAUUCACGUCUUUUCUCAUUGGUGAACCUCUGCCCGCCUCUCGAGUGUAACUAAUUAAAGUAGAUCCUAUAUUAAUCUGUAUAGGGCUCAAAAUGAUUUUGCCCUUAGUACUUUACCAACUAUUGCUAGACGACAUAUGUAGUAGAAGACUAUAUAUAGCCAAAAUAAAGGAUAACAAUGUUGGUUUACACAUCAAGAGGGGUAACCCUUCAAAUAUUUCUAUAUAAAAUAAAGCCCUCGGUGCCAAGAAAUUAACGAGUAUUAUAUACAAAACUACGGAUGCAAAAUAAAACCUUCAGAUAUCAUUCAAAUGUUCUGGUAUCUACUUUUCUGAGUAGUUCUUUGUAUAUUCAAGUUUCGUAUCUGUACAUCUAUCAAUUUUUUUAGGGUUUUUACCUCGUUUGGUCUUGAAAUUGAACCCUUCAAUCAAAAGGUCCUUG